GAAGCAAAUCCUUUUUCACUUUCCUCAGCCAAAUUCUCCUCCGCAAUGAACACCUUUCGCUUCCAACAUCAAACCCAGGACUCCUUCGAUUCAAGAAGAUGGUCUCAAAACCACCGUCCCUCUUCCGCCGGCUUCUACGCCAGGCGGGCCGCAGCGCCUCCGCAGCCCUCUUCUUCUUCCAUCCAAACCUUCCCAGGCCUCGCGGACGAUGACCUCGUCGCCGCCGUGGUGCCGCCGGUUACCGUCGUGCUCGAGGGCCGCUCGAUCUGCCACCGCAUCAGCCUCCACAGCCACGCCAGCUACCAGAGCCUCGCCAGGGCUCUCCGCCAGAUGUUCGUCGACGGCAGCAGCGCCGACGUCGGCGCUGCUGGAGGCGACCACGAGCUCGAUCUGUCCAACGCUGUUCCCGGCCACCUCAUUGCCUACGAGGACAUGGAAAACGAUCUUCUCCUCGCCGGCGACCUUAAUUGGAAAGAUUUUGUGCGCGUUGCCAAAAGAAUUCGGAUUUUGCCGGCGAAGAGGAAUUCAAGGAAGGGAAGAGGAGGGGUAUAGGCAGCUGCCUGAGCUAGGAAGGUGAUGGUGGUGGUGGAAGAAGAGGAAGUUAUAAACUUACAACGAAUCUAAAUCAAGAAAAGUGGGCAUUUAUUUGUGUAAAGUUUUUGGUUGUAUCACUAUUCCUUGUACGAUGAAGAAAGAUGAAACAUUUCUUGGCUUCUGUUUUUUAUUAUUUCUAUCUAAUCAUCCUCUACUAGUGUUGAUGUAAGAUGAUUUUUUGUGAAGACAAUAUGAAGAUCAAGAUUAUUGCAAAAGUUGAGGUGAUGAAUAGA